AUGCUGUUGUUCCUCUUCGGUCUGGCUCUGGGUGCUGUGUCUCCUUCAGAUGACCCUCAAGGGAAGCUUCAGCGUGGCAGCUGUCCCAUGUUCUGGUUCUCCUUCAACAACCGCUGCUACAAGUACAUCGCCAAAGAUUUGACCUGGGCUGCAGCAGAGCUCCAAUGUGUGUCAGAGGGAGCCAACCUGGUGUCUAUCCACAGUCAGGGGGAACAAAAGUUUGUCACAUCACUGAUCAAGAACUUUGACCCUGUUGAGGGAUACACAUGGAUCGGACUCAGUGACGUCCACCAAGAAGGAAGCUGGAUGUGGUCUGAUGGGUCUGCAGCCAAGUUAUUUUUUUGGCAUACAGGAGAGCCAAACAACGCUAGAGGAGUUCAACACUGUCGCCACCAACUAUAA